ACGUAAACGUGAUAAUUAAUUGUGCACAACAGCAUGAAAGUCGUUUGCUUAGCAUUGUUGGUGCUAUUCGCGCUGGUUGCUGUCGGCCGGGCCGCGGGCACAAAUCAGAGUCAUAGCAUUACGUGGGGCAGUCGUGUCUUCCGGGACAUGCAUCUGGAGCGAGUCAUUAUCUCAGAGAAAUCGAAAUUCUUACGCAUUGUCACGCGCACCUAUAAAUUCGAACAAGUUGGCACUCAGCGUCUCAUCACGCAAAUUGUGAUCACCGAUCAGAUCAAGAAUGGCAACGGCGGCUAUGCUCGACUCGAGGCUGGCGGACCCAAUGCCAACUUUGCCAAAAUCUACUUUAAGAGUCAGCGCAACAAGGAAUUCAGCUUCAUUGUCGAUAUUUAUGGCAUUUAAAUUAUAAUUAAUUUUGUCAGUAGUUAAAACAAUGCUGAUUAAUUACAA